AUGGAGGCCGUCCCGCCCGCCAGAUCCAGCCUCCUGGGGAUUCUGCUGCUGCUGGUGAAGCUGUUGGUGCUGCUGGUCCAGAACCGGGUCCACCUGUACAAUCUCCUGCUUCUCAAGAUUCUCUUCUUCAACCACUGGCUGUCGGGGCUGGCCCAGGAGGCUUGGGGGUCCCGCGGCCGCCAGACCUUUCCGGCCCCUGGGCUCGACGCCAGCCCCCUGUGCCUGGUGCUGCAGGAGGGGCUGGGACUGCUGUGGGUCCCCGUGUGGCUGGGGCUGCGGGCACCCCGGCUGGCGUGGGCGGGCGUACGGCGCUGUGCCCGGGCCUUGGGCCUGGCGCCGAAGCGGCUGGGCCUGUCUGCGGCCACCUGCAUGGACCUGCUUCUGUCCUGCCGGCGCGGUCUGAUGUCGGUGGGCUUGCUGCUGUCGCUGCUGACCUGGAGGCUAUGCCGGAGGGCGCGUCGUUGCAGCCCGCGCGGGCUGCUCAGCAAGGCGCUGCUGGACAACUGCGUGGCGCCGGAGCUCCCGGUGCUGCUGAGACGUCUGUACUGGUGGGUGGAGACCACAGCAGCCCUCGCCUGGCAUCUGGCCUAUCUGGUCACCUGGACCACCUGCCUUGCCUCCCACCUGCUGCAAGCCGUCUUCGAGCACACCGUCCAGCUGGCCCAGGCCCAGGAGGCUGAGCCGCCGCAGGGCUCAAGACCCUCAUCCGCGUCCCUGCUCCCCGAGCCUCUGGGCCCCAAGGCUGGACCAGCCCUGCCAGAGCAUGGGACUCCUACAGAAUAA